UGCCGAGUUGCGAAAGGAAGGAAAAGUAGCAAACAAAUUAUAUGGACCCAACCGGAAAUACCGCUCUUCUUCUCUUCUCAGUUCUCACCAUUUCGGAAACAAUCGCUCUCUGAAUCAAUCUCACUCUUCUCUUCACCAAAACCCUAAUUCCCCUCUCUGAAUCGACGUCUCUGUCUUUGAUCGGAUCCGCGUUGCAAAUUUUCGAAUUUCAAUUCCGCCGGCGAUCUCAUUCAUCAUUUGCUCAUUCCUCCGAUAAGCAUUGCUCGAUCGUCCGCCGAAAUCUGCGCGAUUCAGUUUUUGAAUCUUCGCUCGGCCUUCUUCUUUCAAUUGUUGUUUCAAUGCUCGCAGUGACGGAGAGGAUUCACAGCGUUACGAUCGGUUAUGGUUGGAAAAUUAGGGUUGACGGAGUUUACAAUUUAGCGUGGAUUUGAAUUUGAAUCUCUCUGCAAGCGAAAAGACAUAAGCAAACUCACGAUUUUGGACAUGAGAAGCUCUUGGUGCAAGAAACUGUCCUUCAUUAUUGGCCCUAAACCGCCACUGAGUUGGUUAAUCUUGUGCCUGAUAAGCCUCCUCGCGCUGAUUGCAUUAUUGAAUUCUUCUUCACAAUCGUCGUCGUCUUCCAACGCCGUUGAUUCAGCACAUCACAGUGCAGAAUCUCUAAUUUACACUAACUACAGAAGGAUAAAGGAGCAAGCUGCGGUUGAUUUUUUGGAGUUGAGGUCUGUGUCGAGCGGUGGCGCGAGGCAAAAGGAAUUAGGACUUUGUGGCAAAGAAAGUGAAAACGUAGUGCCUUGUCACAAUGUAUCUGCUAAUUUGUUGUCGGGGUUUAAACAAGGUGAAGAGUUUGAUCGGCAUUGUGAAGCGUCGAUGGGUGCAGAAAAGUGUUUGGUUCGGCCUCCAAAGGAAUACAAGAUUCCGUUGCGGUGGCCGAGUGGGAGGGACGUUAUAUGGAGUGGGAAUGUGAAGAUAAGCAAAGAUCAGUUUCUUUCGUCUGGAAGUAUGACCAAAAGGUUGAUGCUACUAGAAGAAAAUCAAAUUGCCUUUCACUCAGAGGAUGGAUUGAUCUUUGACGGCGUGAAAGAUUAUUCCCGCCAGCUUGCAGAGAUGAUAGGAUUAGGAAGUGACACUGAGCUUCCUCAAGCGGGUGUUCGAACUAUACUAGAUAUUAAUUGUGGAUUUGGUAGCUUUGGAGCUCAUUUAUUGUCACUGAAAAUAAUGGCACUAUGUAUUGCGGCAUAUGAAGCAACUGGCAGCCAAGUUCAAUUGUCUCUUGAAAGAGGCCUUCCAGCUAUGAUUGGCAACUUUAUCACAAGACAGCUUCCAUAUCCAUCGUUAUCAUAUGACAUGGUUCACUGUGCUCAGUGUGGCAUUAUGUGGGAUGAAAAAGAUGGAAUGUUGCUUAUAGAAGUUGACCGUGUUCUUAAACCUGGAGGAUAUUUUGUUUUAACCUCUCCGACAAGCAGGCCUCAAGGUUCAUCACGGGAGAAAAAGAAAAUAAUGUCAAAUCCAAUGGAAGAGCUGACCCAACAACUCUGCUGGACUCUUCUAGCUCAGCAAGAAGAGACUUUCAUCUGGCAGAAGACUGCUGAUGUUUAUUGUUAUGCAUCCCGUAAGCGGCAUAGCAUACAGCUAUGUAAAGAAGGGGAUGAUGUUGUUUCAUAUUAUCGGCCUCUUGUGCCAUGUAUAAGUGGGACCUCUAGCAACCGCUGGAUUGCAAUACAGAACAGAUCAUCUGAAUCUGAAUCUGAAUUGAGCUCAGCUGAACUUAAAAUUCAUGGAGUUCAGCCCGAAGAAUUUUAUGAAGAUUUGCAGUAUUGGAGAUCAGCUGUUAAGAAUUAUUGGUCAUUGCUUACACCACUAAUUUUCUCUGACCAUCCAAAGAGACCUGGAGAUGAAGAUCCACUUCCUCCAUAUAACAUGAUCCGGAAUGUUAUGGACAUGAAUGCUAAUUAUGGGGGUUUGAAUGCGGCCCUGCUGGAGGAGAAAAAAUCAGUGUGGGUCAUGAAUGUUGUUCCUGCCAGGGCUUCUAAUGCACUUCCUCUUAUACUAGAUAGAGGUUUUGCUGGUGCCAUGCAUGACUGGUGUGAACCUUUCCCCACCUACCCGCGGACAUAUGAUCUCCUCUACGCAGAUGGACUUCUCUCACAUCUCACCUCAGAGAGGUGCCGCAUGAUAGAUUUGUUCUUGGAGAUGGAUAGAAUACUGCGUCCAGAGGGAUGGGUCAUUCUUUCUGAUACCAUGGGAGCUAUAGAGACAGCUCGCACACUUGCAACACAAGUACGUUGGGAAGCAAGGAUAAUUGAUCUCCAGAAUGGCAGUGACCAGCGGCUACUUGUUUGCCAGAAACCAUUUUUGAAAAAAUAAUUGAUUGAGCACUAGUAUUUGUCACCAUGACAAAUGAACACAAUUCUUUUGCUCUGAGAAUCGAUUUAGUUGGCGCAUCUUUGUAUAUACAACGCUCAGAGCCUUGACAUUUUCAAUCUUUGUCCACAACCGGUCAGGGGAUUGAGGAAGCUGUAGAUUGUGAAGGUUCUCGUUGAUUUAGCUACAGUUCAUUUUUUUGUCAAAGUUUGUAGUAAUUCAUUUUUCUAAUAUCUUAUUAGCAUUAUUUAUUGUUUAUUUUUAUUUUAUUCAUGAUUUUUUUAUCGAUCAUUGGACUUCUAUCAGUUCUGUUGAACAAUCACUAAUUUUUGAGAGAAAAUGUGAAUGAAUGG